CUUCAAUUCCUCUCUCGAUCACUCAAUCGCUCCGUCUCUUCCUCGCUGUACAGUAACUUCCGUCUUUCUUUCACUUAGACUUCUUUUCUAUCUUCAUAAUGGGCAAGGAAGCUUCUUUCGCUCCCGGUAAGAUCACUUCCUCCCCUGCUGCUUCCUGCUCUGUCUCCUGGCACCGCUGUGGUCAUCCUCACCUCACCACACCUUAUUCACGCCGCACGGUAACUUUGCGGACGAUGAUUCCGACCCUGUCAUGAUUACAACAUUGCCGUGAAUUGCGCCCAUUUGAGUUCUGGGGGGUGAUGCCUUGUCAUUGCUUUGUUUGGGUUGUUCUUUGAAUGUCUUUGGAUGUCCUUUGUCAACUCAAUCCCCAAAACUCACUACCAACCUCACUAUCAACCCUUCUGUCAACUCGAACCAUACCCAGCGACACUGCACUCGUCAUUUCCAGUUUCCAGCUAUUCAAGAUUCAAGAUUCAAGCCAUCAACCAUCAUGACCAGCUACGAUGUUUUUUGCUUCACCACAUCUCUCCACAUCCGGGAGGCAGAGCUAGAAGCCAUCAGGAAUGCCAAUGAAGCCAACGACGCUGACCGUCUUCUUUCUCCAGGUGACUCCGCCAAGGGUGCCAAGCUCUUCCAGACUCGCUGUGCUCAGUGCCACACCGUCGAGGCUGGCGGUGCCCACAAGGUCGGCCCCAACCUGAACGGUCUCUUCGGCCGUAAGACUGGCUCGUCCGAGGGCUACUCCUACACCGACGCCAACAAGCAGGCCGGUGUCACCUGGGACGAGGGCUCUCUGUUCAAGUACCUCGAGAACCCCAAGAAGUUCAUCCCCGGUACCAAGAUGGCCUUCGGUGGUCUGAAGAAGCCCAAGGAGAGGAACGACCUGAUCACCUUCCUCAAGGAGAGCACCGCCUAAAUUCACGACCGUCUGUGAACGACAAGAGAAAACAAAAAAGAUUUCCUUGAUUUUUUCUUUCCACUCUUCUCUUCAUAACCCGGUGCCGGAGGGACGGAUCAUGCGUACGCACUGUGGUAACAGCAGAGAUUCAGCCACCCGAUGGGCAGGGCUUGUAAUAUUAUUGACCUUGUUUACACUACAAUAGACCUGGUUUUCCUUGGUUGUUGGAGUAUUGCGGGGAUGUCAUCAAUUGAGAUGUUCGGGUUGCGACCGUCAACUGCAUCCGCCUGCAGAGUCUCCCCCCUUUCCCUUUUCCCCCCUUUUGUUUUAUUCUGAAUGGUCGGAUAUGGUUUUGUACAGUUCUGUAGCAUGGCUCACUUGGUUUUGAGAUUGUUUUGAUCAGGCCGAGAGGCGAUAAUGAAAUGAAACUCCACUCAUGAUUCUUC